AUGGAGGCAAGCGCGAGCAUCAGUAGCCUCCCGGACGACCUCCUCCUCGCCAUCCUGAGGCGGUCCUUUGAGCAGCUCACUUCAUGCAAGCCCCACACUGACAAUCUAUGGACCUCCAGCUAUGAAUGGUCAUCCAUGAGUAAUUGCACGGAGCAAGCCGAUGCGAUAGUCAACACACCCAUAGCAUCCCCUCCUCCCCUCGCAGACGCCUCUCAAAAUCUCCUCCUCGCGUCCGUCUGCCGCCGUUGGCGUCGCCUCGCAAAGCUCCACGUCACCACGCUCUCCGUGAAGGCAGACCUCUUGGUGUCCCUGGAAAACCUCUCAGUCGCCGUCUCGUGCUUUCCAAACCUCACGCAUCUGCAUCUGGGCAGCAGCAGCGUCAAGUCGCUCGACGACACCUUCCUCGCUCACCUCGCCUCGUCAUGCCCGCAGCUGACGGCGUUCCACGUGGGAAGAACCUGGCGGAUGCCUGACGACCGUGGCUACCUGGUGAAGCACUAUCGUUGGAAGGAGGAGCAUCGAAUCACUACAGUCGGCUUGGAUAAGUUCUUUCAGAAAAUUUCCAACUUGGAGCAGGUUACCCUUUUCUGCCUUCGCCCUGAGAUUAAGCUACCAGAUUCCCUUUUUCGCUUGAAGCAUCUGCAUAAACUUCUCACCAACGCUUCAGCCGUGGACAACCCCUGUUUCAAAUGCCUCACUGCCCUUACCACCCUGUACAUCACCUUCCCAUGGAACCAUCAGCACCUGUCCACCCUCCUGCACCUCCCGCGACUCACCCAUCUGUUUACCUUCGCGCCUCACGAAAACCAUCAACCUGUGGGUGCUGCAGGCGUGACUCAACCACCCUGCCUGAAGUCGCUCAAUCUCAUGCUGUCUUGUCCCGAUGUGGACACCAUCUUCCCAUCAGCAUCGCCGUUCACCGCGCUAGAGGAACUGCGGAUCACCCAGUGCAAUGAGCUAGAGACCCUUCCCGACCGCAUAGGAGACCUGCUGCCAUACCUUCGCAAGCUGACUAUUCGCGAGUGCUACUAUUUCACUCACCUGCCUGAAAGCUUCACCUGUCUGGGCCAUCUAGAGGAGCUCAUUGUCUCCACGUGUGAUGCCUUCACCCUACCCACCAACUUCGGCCACCUGCCUGUGCUCAAAUCACUGGUGCUGGAAAGUCUGUCAUUCACCGAAUUCCCUCCGUCCUUCUGCCAUCUCACAUCUCUUGAGUCACUCUUUUUAGUCGAUUGCCACCCGCUUUUGAACCUGCCCUCAGGAUUCUGCCAAAUGACAACUCUCAAGGCGCUCUGCUUCUCAAGAUGCGAGGGCCUUGCGUUGCCAGAGGACGUUGGGGCCCUUGCAGGUCUGCAGGCUCUCAGACUGCACAACUGCCAGCACCAGCCCCUUCCACGUUCCUUCACCCACCUCUCCUCCCUCACGAGCCUUGACCUGAGCGCAUGCUUUGGAGGCGAGCUGCCAGCCCUGGGCGCGCUGAGCAGGCUGCGGGAGCUGAAGAUCGUUGAUCUCCCCAUCAGCACGCUUCCCACCUCACUCACACGGCUUACAGGCCUGCAGGGCUUGGAGGUGAGGGGGUGCCAGGCGCUCUCACAAGUGCCCCCUCGGCUGGAUAUGCUCGUGGGGCUGAAGAGGCUGGAGGUGACGGAGUGUGAGGAGCUGAGUAGACCCGCUGCUGGUCUGCCACCCUCCCUUGAGACCCUGUGCCUGGGACCCUUCGUGGAAGGUUCUUCCCAUGUGGUGGACGUUUCUGGGUUGUCGCAACUGAGGGUGCUGAAGCUGAACUGCGUUGGGGUGCGCUGCGGGCCUGCCGUGAGUGGGAGGUUGUUGUGGCUGGAGCAGGGAAGGCAAGGAGAGCAGGGGGGACAAGGGGAGCAGGGGGAGCAGGGGGAGAAGGGGGAGCAGGGGGAGCAGGGGGAGCAGGGGGAGCAGCGGGGGCAGGGGGGGCAGCUGGAGAAACUGGAGAAGCUGGAGAUGCGGUUGGAAAGCGAACAUCUGGAGCUCCCAGUCCCUUUGACUUUUCUCCCUCGCCUGCGCAGCUUGUUAAUAGAGGCGCCUGGACUUUACAGCCUUCCAGAAAACAUGGGGCCAGCGUUGCCACAGCUGCGUCAGCUGGAGCUUCUUUCAUGGUCACCGGAGAAUCUUCCUGGAAGCAUAGUGGACCUCAGUUCCCUCACAUCACUUACGGUUGAAGCAACUCAGCUGACGGCGCUACCUCAAUGCAUGAGCUCCCUGUCUCGGCUGCGCAGGCUGGAGCUGAUUCGCUGCACUGCCUUGCAGCUCCGCCCAGAGACUCUUCUCUCCCACCUCGCCAGCCUGCAGCAUCUCAUACUCAAUGGCGCCCCAGGCACACCCAUUCCUGCCAAUUUCGUGCUGCUCCCGGAAACAUUUCCAAUUCUUCAAUCAACUCGCCUUUUCCGCGCUGGUGCCAAUCAACCGCAGAUAGCCGUUUUCCUCUUCGAAUUCCAGUUUAGGCGCUACACUCGACCCUUCUCACGUCUGCCCGCGCCAUCCCCGCCGAUGGCUGUCGCUGCCGCCUCCGCGGCGCUGGCCCACGGCGAGCCGAACACGGCGGAGGCGGAAGCCUUGCGCCAGAUCGGCGCAAUGGAGGCGCUGCUAGCGCGCGCGGACGAACAUAUCACAUCCAUCGCCGCCUGCGGCACUCGCGGGGGGCCCACGCGCGCGCAGCUCCCCGCGCUGACGGUGGGCGCGCAGAACGCGCUGGCGGCGCUUGGGGGCGUGGAGCGGGAGUUGCGGUCGCUGGCGGAAGAGAUGGCGGAGGGCAACGAGUGCGCGGUUGGGGCCCGCGAGGAGGGCGGCGGAGGCGGAAGCGAAAGCUUUGCGCAGAGAGUCCCCGUGUGGCAGCAGGUGCAGGCGGCCCUGCAGCAGCUGCACCAGGCGCAUCCAGUACUGCGGCAGCGGUUGCGCCAUGCCACCAUGACGGCUCAACACAAUCUCACGCGGCAAGCACACAAGGAGAGAGACGAGCUGCUAGGGGCAGGACGAGAGGCAUCGUUGCGGCGAAGAAAACUAGAAUCAGCAGCACAGAUGGCAGCAGCAGCUGAGGAGGUCACUUCCACGCUCCGACGAACACGACACGUCAUGGAACAGGAGGUGCAACGUGGCGUGCACACAUUGGAGGAACUCGACACGUCAGCAGCAGUGCUGACAUCAGCAGGGUCGCAGUACUCCCUGCAGCACUCCCGCCUCUCCACGGCUCACCAGCUGCUGGCGCUGCUGCAGCGAGGGGACGUAACGGACAGGCUCAUCAUCAUCCUCGGGUCUCUCUUCUUCUUCCUCGUCUGCUCCUUCAUCGUUGUCUCUCGCGUGCCUCUCCUGAACUCUAUCCUCCUCUCCUCCACCUCCCUCCUCCUCUCCACCACACACUCCGUCCUCUCCCCCAUACUCUCCCUCUUCUCAUCCCUCCUCACCGCUCUCGCGUCCUCCACCCUCCCCACCCUCGCCUCUCUCUCCUCUUCCUCUCUCACCCUCGCAUCGUCCUCUCUCUCCUCCCUCCACCACACACUCCAACCCCUCCUCUCGCCUCCCGUGCCUCCUCUCCCUCCUUCCGCACCUUCUCCCAUGCCCUCACCCUUUCCCCCUUCCUCCCCCUCCCCACCCAUCACGACCACCACUAUUCGCUCCUCCUCGUCCCCCUCAUCUUUCCCAUCUCCUUCUCCCUCAUCCGCCUCCUCUGUCCCUCCUUCAAACCCAUCUCAACCGCACACGCCUUCUGAGGCGCCUCACCCACCAAGCGGCCCACAGCAACAACAACAGCCGGAUGAAGAAAUGGUUGCGUUGCCAACAGACUCGGUGUCACCCGGAAUGGAGGAUGGAAGCGGGCUUCGAGCAAGGGUAGGGGGGCACGCAGAGGGUGAUGCAGAAGGGGAUAGGCGUGGAGCAGGGGAGGGAGGGGGGGGUGGACAGGUUCAAGUAGAGGCAGGGCAAGCAGAGACAGGUGAAGCAGAGACAGUGCAUGCAGCAAGAGGAGCAGCGAGCGAAGGGAUGAGAGAAGGGGCAGGGGGAGAAGGAUCAGCAGCGAGAAGGGUGCGGCGAGGGACAGCAGGGAAAGAGCCGAUGGGGAAAGGGAAGAUGGGUGGUAAGCAGAGGGCGGCUGCACGAGGGAAGGUGAGGGGUGGGGAAAGAGGAAAGCAAAGAGGGGGAGCAGGAGGAGCGGGGAGUGGAGGAGAACGAGGAGGUAAAGAGUCAAAAGUGGGAGUAGUAGCAGGAGCAGGAGCAAGGGAAGAGCGAGGAGCCAGAGGAAGUGGAGAGAAGGACGCAGGAGGUAACACAAGAGUAGGAGGAGGAGAGGAUGGAUUGGCAGGUGCAGGUGAAUCUAGUGAGGGCAGUGCAUCCGUCACAGCCGGUGGUGAAUCAGCCAUUGGUCGCCAAGUCCCCAUGCCUGAAGCACCUCCUCUUGCUCAUCCGCCUCCCCCUGCCACCCACCGUGCUGCCUACUACGGGUCUCCUGAUGUUGGAGAUUCACCUGCUGGGAAUUCACCUGCUGGGGAUUCACCUGCUGGGGAUUCACCUGCUGGGGAUUCACCUGCUGGGGAUUCACCUGCUGGGGAUUCACCUGCUGGGGAUUCACCUGCUGGGGAUACACCUGCUGGGGAUUCACCUGCUGGGGAUUCACCUGCUGGGGAUUCACCUGCUGGGGAUUCACCUGCUGGGGAUUCACCUGCUGGGGAUUCACCUGCUGGGGAUUCACCUGCUGGGGAUUCACCUGCUGGGGAUUCACCUGCUGGGAAUUCACCUACUGGGGAUUCACCUGCUGGGGAUUCACCUGCUGGGGAUUCACCUGCUGGGGAUUCACCUGCUGGGGAUUCACCUGCUGGGGAUUCUCCUGCUGCUGCGCCUGUGAGUGGUGGAGGAAGGGAGGAGACUGCAGAGGGUGGGGGAAGGGAGAGGGCGAAUGGGGGAUUGGAUGGAGAGGGUGGGAGUGAGGAGGAGGGCAGAGAGGGAGUGGGCAGAGAGGAGGGCGAGCAGGGCACAUGUGGGUUGGCAGGUGGCAGUGGCACGUGUGAUGCACACUCUGAAUCUGCUGCAGCCUUUCAAGGUGAUGCUCCCAGUGCUUCUGCUGCUGCUGCUGCUGAUGCUGCUGCUCCGGCUCAGGCGGGUGGUCGGAUGGUAGGGGGUGCAGGUGGGGAUGUGGGUGGUGAGGUGAAUCAAGUCGCUAGCAUGCAGCUGUUGGGGGUUUCUGAGACACAGGAAGCUAAGGGUAAGCAAGGAGGAAGGGUAGGCAAGGAGGAAGGGUAG